AAACCCUAACCACAACUCCCACACAGCAUCAACGCCAUGUCUUCUCACACACAUCACACACUGCUCAUCACUUAUUAGCAACCCUUUCUCCUCAAUGUUCGUCCAAAAUUUCUUCAAACCCAAGCUCAGAGCCAUGUCUCUGGCUCAUCUUACAUGUCCCACAAAAUCCUGGUCCUCCGCCGUCACGGCGUACCGCAGGCUUCACAAUUUGUACCCGAGAACUCAAACUAGGAAUCUUCUGGCAGGCUUCUCCUUUUCCUGCUAUGCUUCUUCAUCAUCAUCUUCAUCCAAGUCUUCUGUUGUGGUGAGGCGAAGCAGAAACGCUGCUUCUACGUUUUCUUCGCCGCACUUUUAUCAGCGCAAUUUGAGCUACGGGAGAUUUGCUUACGAUGAGUAUGCGUCGGAGGAGUCCGACUGCGAAGUCCAGUCUUCGCCCAAGCAAUUGGGUGCUUCCACUCUCGAUAAUGUUGAAGAUUGGCAAUGGAAGUUGACUACGUUUUUGCGCCGUAAAGACGAGCAAGAGAUUGUUUCGCGAGAGAAAAAAGAUCGGCGUGAUUUUGAGCAGCUCUCAGCUCUUGGAACCAGAAUGGGAUUGCACUGUCGUCAGUAUGACAGAGUAGUUGUGUUCAGUAAAGUUCCACUGCCAAAUUAUAGAUCUGAUUUGGAUACAAAGCGUCCUCAAAGGGAGGUGCUGUUACCAUUUGGGUUGCAAAAGGAAGUAAAUUCUCAUCUCAGGGCACACCUUGCCAAAAAGGCUGUAAACAAAGAAAGCCUUCAUAAUGCUUAUCCAGCAUCCAAUGUGGGUCAGGGUCAGUUAAUUGAUGAAGGACUGGAGGAGCAGGAGGCGCCCUCGACCAAAAGUGUUAUAGCCGAGAGGGUUCUUCAGCGAAGGAGCUUGCAGAUGCGCAAUAAACAACAAGAUUGGCGAGAAUCUUCAGAAGGUCAAAAGAUGCUGGAGUUCCGGAAAAGUCUUCCAUCUCAUGAAGCCAGAGAAACAUUAUUGCACACUAUUUCUCAAAAUCAGGUUGUUGUUGUCUCUGGUGAAACUGGCUGUGGGAAAACUACCCAAUUACCACAAUACGUCUUGGAGUCAGAAAUUGAUGCCUCUCGAGGAGCUGCAUGUAGUAUUAUCUGCACCCAACCUAGACGAAUUUCUGCUAUAGCUGUUGCUGAGAGAGUUGCUGCUGAGCGUGGUGAAGAAAUAGGAGAAUCUGUUGGUUAUAAAGUUCGCCUUGAGGGAAUGAAAGGAAGAGAUACUCGUCUCCUUUUCUGUACUACUGGCAUCCUUUUAAGGAGAUUAUUGGUGGACAGAAACUUGAAAGGUGUAACUCAUGUUUUCAUUGAUGAAAUUCAUGAGCGUGGGAUGAAUGAAGAUUUUCUUCUAAUUGUACUGAAGGAUCUUCUUCCCCGCCGACCAGAACUAAAAUUGAUUUUGAUGAGUGCUACCCUAAAUGCUGAACUUUUUGCUUCUUAUUUUGGUGGAGCUCCAGCAAUACAUGUUCCGGGAUUUACAUACCCUGUUCGGAAUUACUUUUUGGAAAACAUUCUAGAAACGACUGGGUACAGAUUGACACCGUAUAAUCAAAUAGAUAACUAUGGUCAAGACAAAUUGUGGAAAAUGCAAAAGCAGGGUCUCAGGAAAAGGAAGACGCAGAUAGCUUCAUCUGUUGAGGAAGCUCUUAUGGCUGCUGAUUUUAGGGAGUACAGCCCCAGAGUUCGGGAGUCACUCUGUUGUUGGAAUCCUGAUUCAAUUGGAUUUAAUCUAAUUGAGAAUGUGCUUUGUCACAUUUGCCGCAAAGAAAGACCUGGUGCUGUAUUAGUAUUUAUGACUGGUUGGGAUGAUAUAAAUUCUUUGAAACAGCAGCUUGAAGCUCAUCCACUAUUGGGAGAUCCAAGCAAAGUUUUGUUGCUUGCAUGCCAUGGUUCCAUGUCUAGUGCAGAACAGAAAUUAAUUUUUAAUAAACCUGAAGAUGGAGUCAGGAAGAUUGUUCUGGCAACCAAUAUGGCUGAAACAAGUAUCACAAUUAAUGAUGUUGUUUUUGUGGUUGAUUGUGGGAAAGCAAAAGAGACAUCUUAUGAUGCUCUGAAUAACACUCCUUGUUUGCUUCCAUCCUGGAUCUCGAAGGCUUCUGCUCGCCAGAGGAAAGGUAGAGCAGGCCGUGUACAACCAGGAGAGUGCUACCAUCUAUAUCCUAGAUGUGUGCAUGAUGCCUUUGCAGAUUAUCAAUUGCCAGAACUUUUGAGGACACCUUUACAGUCUUUAUGUUUGCAAAUCAAGAGCUUGCAACUUGGAAGCAUAUCAGAGUUCUUAGCUAAGGCCUUACAAGCACCUGAGCCGCUCUCAGUUCAAAAUGCUGUUGAGUACUUAAAGAUGAUUGGGGCUUUAGAUGAAAAAGAAAAUCUGACAGUUCUUGGACGCCACUUGUCGAUGCUUCCAGUCGAGCCAAAGCUCGGUAAAAUGCUCAUAUAUGGUGCUAUUUUCAAUUGCUUGGAUCCAAUUAUGACAAUUGUAGCUGGCCUAAGUGUGAGAGAUCCAUUCUUGAUGCCAUUCGACAAAAAAGAUCUUGCUGAGUCUGCAAAGGCCCAGUUUUCUGCUCGUGGCUUCAGUGACCAUCUUGCACUGGUCCGGGCCUUUGAUGGUUGGAAACAUGCUGAAAGGGAGCAGUCUGGCUAUGAAUAUUGUUGGAGAAAUUUUCUAUCUAUGCAAACCCUGAGAGCCAUUGAUUCUCUAAAGAAGCAGUUCUCGUAUCUGCUCAAAGAUAUUGGUUUAGUUGAAAAUUUUGAGAGUUGUAACAUGUGCAGUCACGAUGAACAUCUCGUUCGUUCUGUUAUAUGCGCGGGUCUGUUUCCUGGAAUAUGCUCUGUUGUGAAUAAGGAGAGGUCAAUAUCAUUAAAAACAAUGGAGGAUGGUUCAGCACUGUUGCAUUCGAAUUCCGUGAAUGCCCAGGAAGCCAAAAUUCCAUUCCCAUGGCUUGUUUUCAAUGAAAAAAUCAAAGUCAAUUCAGUAUUCCUUCGAGAUUCAACUGGUGUAUCUGAUUCAGUGGUUCUCUUAUUUGGAGGGAAUGUUUCUAGCGGCGGACUUGAUGGCCACAUGAAAAUGCUGGGUGGAUACAUGGAGUUCUUCAUGAAGCCAGAGUUGGCUACUAUGUAUCUUAGCAUAAAGAAAGAGCUUGGCGAACUUGUUCAAAAGAAGCUCUUGAACCCAAAGUUGGACAUAAAGAGUCAUAACGAGCUUCUAACAGCAGUGAGAUUGCUGGUGUCAGAGGACCGGUGUGAAGGCAGAUUUGUUUUUGGGCGGCAGCUUCCAACAGCCUCGAAAAAAUUCGAAAAGGAGAUUCAAUUAGGUUCAGCCAACGUUGGGGGUAAUAAUGCAAAAUCUCACCUCCAAACCUUGCUCGCUAGGGCAGGACAUCAGCCGCCUUCCUAUAAGACGAAAGAAUUAAAAAACAACAAGUUCAGAUCUACUGUUAUGUUCAAUGGUCUAGAUUUUGUUGGCCAGCCUCGUGGUAGUAAAAAAGAGGCAGAAAAAGACGCAGCUGCAGAGGCUCUGACGUGGUUGACUGGUGAUAGCCAAUCGUCUCAAAAAACCGUAGAGUACAUGUCUGCCAUUCUGAAGAAAAGCAAGAAAAACCAAGAUUAUUCUUCUACAAGGUGGCGGUAGUUAGUUGCUUGGAGGAAGCAUAUUUUGAUGGAAUUGGAUCAGCACACCACCAUGAACUGGUCUCCACAUUUUUUAUUGGUUCAAAGCAAAAUUGUGCCUUGGUUUCAUGCAAUUACAGGAAGUAGUCGACGUUUUGCUGCCUUCCCCCAUUGUCUGUAUAUAUUACUUGAAGUGGAUACAACGACACCACAAGGUGAAUUCUUCCAAUCCCAGGAAAAGUCCUCUCGCCUGCUUGAACGCUCACGAGGUCGGUGCUUUACAUUUCCUUACGAUUUGAAUACUUAGAUUAUUCGAUCAAGUAAGGUGGAGUUACGGCUAUCCCAGUGGUCAGUUGUGUUAUAUAGGAUUUCUUUAGUAUGAUAAGAUUAAAAGGUGAAUAAGGCAGCAUGUUUAUCAUCAUUUAGUUGAUUCAUUCCUAUCAGUAGUUGAGUAGUAUAGUAUGUAAUGAUUUUGACAUUCGGUAUUGCCAACGUUGGUGUCAUUGCCAGAGUUAUGCCCUAAACACCAGUGGCCAUGACCGGUUUUCCUGUUUAUAUUCUCUGCAAUAUUAAUGUUGAAGAGUUAUACUAAUAGUGAUUCGUAUUCAUUUUUAGAAGUC